CGGGCAGUUGUGAAUUCCAAGAAAGAGGCAGACUCAGCACCUUCUUGAGUGGACUGAGGCAGAUCCAGGAGGGGCACUGACAGCUCCCUCUGUGUCACUUCUGUACGUGAAGACCCAGGCCAAGAAGAGGGGACGUUGUGUCAUGGAGGUCUGGACUCUGAUGCAGCUGCUGCUCCUGCUGGCGGGGGCCGUUCAGGGACAGAAGGAUGAGCUGACCUCCGAGGAAGAAAGGAAAGCUCUGAUGCUCAAGCAUCUGCAGGAGGUCCUGGAGUUGUCAGAAACGACUGAGGAGGAGACCGUCCAAGAGGUCUCCUUGAGGGAGAUCGAGGAACCUGGUGCCAAGGAGGUUUUGGAUGAAGACCUUGAGGAGGAAGAGGAGGAGGAACCCGAGGAAAAACUUCCCGGUCCCACUCUCUUGACCCCAACGACAGCUUCCCCAACUCAAGAUGAGGAGGAUGGCUUUACCUAUGUGUUCUCGCGUCUAAACAGCCUGGAUGCAGCCGUCCACCGCCUCAAUGUACAGUUCUAUCACAUGGACCUGCGCGUGUCCCAGUUCUCCAAAGGCCUGGCCGAACUGAAGGGGAGCGUGACUGAGGCACAGGAAUCGCUCGCGUCCCUGAACGAAAUCGCCACCCGCAACCAGAAGGAACUUGGACGGAUUGAUGGUUGCUUGAGAGGCCGGCGCACUCAAACCAAAUGCUUCCUGGUCUUCAAGCACUUUGAGGUUUACGAUGGGGCACAAAAGCUCUGUGAGGCCAGAGGGGGACAUCUGGCCAUGCCAGCGGAUGCCACCGAGAUGGCCGUCCUGCGCCGCUAUCUUCACGAUGCCUUUCAUCCUUACAACUGGCCAGCCUGGGUCGGCAUCCACGAUCGGCGCGCAGAAGGGCUGUGGCUCUUUGAGAAUGGGCACCGUGUCUCUGUCUUCGACUGGUACCGCGACCACCUGGUGACCCAGCCCAAUGGUGGCGCUCGCGAGAACUGUGUCUCCCUCAGUUCAGAUGAUGGCAAAUGGUGGGACAAUGACUGUGAACGGCGCAUGUAUUACAUCUGCGAAUAUCGUCUCUAGGGGUGCCCCCUUUUCAAGCUCUGCCAUUGGAUUGAGCAUGACCGCGCUGGCGGUCUUCCACUGUCAGUGCUGUGGGGAGCUAUGACCUCUGGGAGGCAGGGUCCUUCCCCAUCUUCUGCAUAUGCAUUAUGUUCCUGUGUAUAUUCAUUUCUUCCUUUAACCCACAUCCCACCCCAGAGAUGGGAAACCUAUGGCCCUCCAGAUGUUACUGGGCUGCAAAGUCCAUCAGCCUUCGUGGAAACUCUUGGUCCAU